AUGGCGCCGCCGUACGCCGCCUCGCCGUACGUGCUGUCGCUGCUGCUGCUGGUGCUCUCCGUGCCGGCCGUCUUCCUCCUCGCGCCGCGCCUCAUCCCGCCCCGCACGCUCCCGGCCAUCCCGGACGCCGACGAGACGGAGGACCUCGCGCUGUUCCGCCGCGCCGUGCUCCUCUCCGCCGCCCCCUCCAAGACCGGCUCCGCCUCCUCCACCUCGCGCUUCUUCGGCGCCGCCCACCGACAGAGGAAGCAGAAGGUGGCCUUCCUCUUCCUCACCAACUCCGACCUCGUCUUCGCGCCGCUCUGGGAGAAGUUCUUCGCGGGCCACCACGACCUCCUCAACGUGUACGUCCACGCCGACCCGGCCGCGGCGCUGCUCCUCCCGCCCACGCCCUCCUUCCGGGGCCACGUCAUCCGGGGAAAAGCCACCGCGCGCGCCUCCGCCACGCUCAUCUCCGCCGCGCGCCGCCUCCUCGCCACCGCGCUGCUCGACGACCCGGCCAACCACUUCUUCGCGCUGCUCUCCCAGUCCUGCGUCCCGCUGCGGCCCUUCCCGGCGCUCUACCGCACGCUCGCCGCCGACAAUGCCGGCCCGCGCGGCCGCCACCGCAGCUUCAUCGAGAUCCUCGACGCCGAGCCCACGCUGCACGACCGCUACUACGCGCGCGGCGACGACGUGAUGCUGCCCGAGGUGCCCUACGAGAGCUUCCGCGUCGGCUCCCAGUUCUUCGUGCUCACCAAGAGGCACGCCGUCAUGGUGGUCAGGGACAGGAGGCUCUGGAACAAGUUCAAGAUGCCGUGCCUCGUCAAGAGGAAGUUCUCGUGCUACCCGGAGGAGCACUACUUCCCCACGCUGCUGGACAUGCAGGACCCCGCCGGAUGCACCAAGUUCACGCUCACCAGGGUCAACUGGACCGACUCUUUCGACGGCCAUCCGCACACCUACCAGCCGGAGGAGGUGUCCCCGGAGCUCAUCAGGGACCUCAGGAAGUCCAAUGGCACAUACUCCCACAUGUUUGCGCGCAAAUUCGCGCCCGGAUGCCUUGCGCCGCUCAUGAAGAUCGCCGACUCUGUCAUUCUUCGUGACUAG